AACUCACUAUAAACAUUAUUUAAAUUGAAAUUCACCGCCUUCUUCUUCAACACACUACCAUCGCCGACGCUUUCUAGAGAGAGAAAAAAAUUCUUGAGAGUGAAGAAAAUCAAAUCAAAUCAAAUCAAUGGCCGGAGUUAACCAAAACGGCGUCGCUGAGUUUCCGGCGGUUCAGACUCACGGCGGACAGUUCGUUCAGUACAACGUGUUCGGUAAUCUUUUCGAGGUUACGGCUAAGUAUCGUCCUCCGAUCAUGCCUAUUGGUCGUGGUGCUUACGGAAUCGUUUGUUCGUUGUUGAAUACGGAGACGAAUGAGUUGGUUGCUGUGAAGAAGAUAGCGAAUGCUUUUGAUAAUCAUAUGGAUGCGAAGCGUACGCUCCGUGAGAUUAAGCUUCUUAGGCAUUUAGAUCAUGAAAAUGUAAUUGGUUUAAGAGAUGUUAUUCCACCACCCUUGCGUAGAGAGUUUAAUGAUGUUUACAUAACCACCGAACUCAUGGAUACUGAUCUUCACCAAAUCAUUCGCUCUAAUCAAAACCUGUCAGAUGAACACUGCCAGUACUUUUUGUAUCAGAUUCUUCGUGGGCUAAGGUAUAUACAUUCUGCAAACAUAAUCCAUAGAGAUUUGAAACCAAGCAACCUGCUGUUAAAUGCAAAUUGCGACUUGAAGAUUAUUGAUUUUGGUCUUGCGCGACCAACUAUGGAAAGUGACUUCAUGACAGAAUAUGUUGUCACGAGAUGGUAUAGGGCUCCUGAAUUGUUGUUGAACUCCUCAGAUUACACCUCUGCAAUAGAUGUCUGGUCUGUUGGUUGCAUUUUUAUGGAGCUUAUGAAUAAAAAGCCUCUGUUUCCUGGCAAAGAUCAUGUGCAUCAAAUGCGCUUAUUGACAGAGCUUCUUGGCACUCCAACUGACGCUGAUGUGGGGUUAGUAAAAAAUGACGAUGCGAGAAGAUAUAUCCGACAACUUCCUCAGUAUCCUCGUCAACCUUUGAAUAGGGUUUUCCCCCAUGUUCAUCCCUUAGCCAUUGAUCUUGUCGAUAAAAUGUUGACAAUUGAUCCUACCAGAAGAAUUACAGUUGAAGAAGCACUGGCUCAUCCAUACCUUGAAAAACUGCAUGACGUAGCUGAUGAACCUAUCUGCAUGGAGCCAUUCUCAUUUGAGUUUGAGCAACAACAUUUGGAUGAAGAACAAAUAAAGGAGAUGAUCUACAGGGAAGCAUUAGCACUCAAUCCUGAGUAUGCUUAAAGCAGAAAAGUAGAAGGAAUAAUAAGUUAAUAAGCAGAAAGGAAUUUAUUUUCGAAUUUUUCAUCAAAUUCCCAGCAGUGCAAAUAUGCAAGCAGGAAAGGAUUAAGUUGAAUGAGAAUUCAAUCUGUUGCCAGCUAAACCCUUUAGGCGAGUUCAAUCUGUGUGAGUAGUUAGGGCAAUUAUAGCUUACCCUGCUUUCUGUUGUAAAGUGUAAUGUAAUAACAUUAAAUUAAUCUCUAUAAUUUUUUUUAACCCUGUUCCGUUGGGUUAGUUGUAUUUUUUUGGGGUCUGUUUUCUCGGUUGACUAUGGACUCAGCUUGUAAUUUGGUCAAGUUAUUUGCAUUGUUGUAACUUAUUGGUACCAUGAUUUAUAGCUUUUUUCUGCUAUACUAUUCGUAUAGUGGAUAUGAAUUCAGUGAGCAAAACUUUAAGAUAAGUUACUUCCUGAAUGGUUU